AUUUGUGUUGCACUCGUAACUAACCCUAUAAGAUAGGCUUAUGACGCAGCACGAAAUACACAAAUACGUGUAGGUAUAGUUGUGUCUGUAUGAAUACAUAGGUAUAUCCAGAUUACCAAUUUAGAACUAUCUCAUAAACAGUAACAAAUCGUCCAUUGAAUAGUGCGCAUCUUUUGAUCAAUAUAUAACUUCAAACUCUUAGAGUAACUUCAAUUUCUCUUUGUAGUACCUACGUAGUCGUAAAAAUUACAUAGGUUGGUGUUUUAAAUGUAUUAAUAAUAUUUAGAUAAGUUUAUCUAGAAUUUUAUUUCCUUAAGCUCGUAUCUAAUACCAGAGUAUAACUGUGCAUUCAUACCUGUUUACUUACCUAUGUGACGGAGACGUAUCUUUAGCAGGCUAAUAGGUAGGUGCUAGGUACUUAGUACAGUAAGUGUUUACAUUGUAUGAUAGAGUCUUGCUUAUGUCCAAUCUAUUAUUAUAGCUAAAGAUCAGGAAUCUAAAAUGGGUUCAACGUACUGACUUAAAUAACCAACAGUGAUAACAAUUUAUAUAAAAUUCAAUAUUGUUAAUAACUAAACAAGUUGAAUACACUUACAGAUAAAAACGGAAUUAAAAAUGUGUGUUUUCAUAAAGUGAGCUUCAGUCAUCGUUUACAUGUUAUUAGGUAAAACAUGACAGCAGAAGAUGCCAUAGAAACUAUAAUUGGUCGGUUCGGCAGAUAUCAGACAUGGAUUUUAUUUUUAGUGACAUUGGGACGUUUUCCAGCAGAAUAUCAGCUUGUUAACGUCGUUUUUAUUUUACCAAAUGUAGAAUAUGUGUGUAUGGAUGAACAAUCAUAUAAUGUGAGCAAUCAUUGCCCCUGUAAUAAUCCAGAAUAUGAUAAAACUUACAUCGUCAAUUCGGUGACCUCUAAUUGGAAUCUGAUAUGCGAAAGUCGUCAGUUAGCGAGUUUAACGCAAUCAAUGUUACAUGUUGGCAUUCUGGCGGGAAGCAUAUUCUAUGGGCAUAUAUCUGACAGAUAUGGCCGUAAACUAGCAUGUGUGAUGGCACUCGUAUGUGAAGUAUUGUUUUCUGCAUUAUCAGCUGCAGUGACUGAGUUUUGGAUGUUUGUAGUACUCCGCUUCAUCAUUGGCACGGGAUUAGGAGGAACAAUGCUUUGUUGUUACGUAAUACUGAUUGAAUUAAGCGGAAAAUCUUUCAGGCCAUAUUUAAGCGCACUAAUGGAGAUAUCAUAUGUUUUGUCCUACUUCACACUCCCUAUCAUCGCUUACUUUGUACGAGACUGGAGACAUCUUCAACUAGUCACGUCUCUGCCCUGGUCAUUUGUUCUUUUAUAUUACUUCCUUAUACCAGAAUCUCCUAGAUGGUUAAUAACUACAGGCAAAAAAGAAAAAGCUAUAGAAGUAUUGACAUAUAUAGCUAACAAGAAUAAGCGCCCAACAGAAAAUAUAAGAGCUAUUGUUGAAAAAAUUCAAGGAGAAGCCAACAGUGUAGAUCAAAAACAAUUUGGAUCCUACUUAGAUUUAUUUAGAACACCAAAAAUCAGGACUUAUGUAUUGCUGACGGCGUGCGUGUGGUCAUGCUGCGCUUUUACCUUUUUUGGUAUUAAUCAAUAUAUCGGCAAGCUGCAAGGAAAUAUUUACCUUAAUGUGAUGCUUUCAGCUGUUUGUCUCAUACCUGGACUGUUCCUAGUCGUUCUUGCUACGUUAUACCUUAGAAGAAAGGUGGGCGUCGUGACUAGUUUUAUAGUCGCCAGUGGAUCGUUGUUAGUAAUUAUAUUUAUACCGAAGCAUGUGGAUACUGUCCAGUUGGUAUUUGCUAUAACUGGUCAACUAGGCGCUUAUACAGCUUUUAUGCAGAUUUACUUAUUUACUUCUGAAAUUUUCCCGACUAUUGUUAGAAAUUCAGCAAUGGGUUUCGUGUCUGUAUUUGCAAGAUUCGGAAGUUUCACAGCACCGUUUGUGGUAAAUAUAGGAAUAGAAUGGGUGUCUGUUACUAUAUUUUGCAUUUUAGCUUUUCUUGCGGCAUCUUUGUGUUAUUUCUUGCCGGAAACUAAAGAUAUAGUACUGCUAAAUACGGUAGAGCAAACAGAGAAAUUCAAAAAUAAAAAGGUUACCAGAUAA